AUGUCCGCCCUCCGCACCCAGUCUCUCGGCCUGCGCGCGCACCGCGCCAUCCGCGUCACCCCGGCCGCCGCGCACGGCUUGCGCUUUGCCUCGUCGUCGUCGUCCACCGACGCGUCGGCUGAUGCCUCGACUUCGUCGGCGUCCGCCUCCACCGCGGCCCCCACCAAGCUCCCCAUGCCAUGGAGCGAGUACCUCUCCAUGCGCAAGCGUCGCAAGCAGUGGGCUACGCUCACUAGCGUGCCCUCGUCGCUGACGGGUCUCUUCCUUGGCGGCUCGUACUUUGCCAACCUCGAGGGCGACCCGACCCAGACCAUCAUGGGUCUUGACCCCAUGCUCGUCUACGGCGGUUCAACUGUGGCCUGUAUGCGUGCUGGGGAGGUGGAGGCAGAGCCACCUGGUCUGGGUGUAUGGGCGGAAUUGUCCACCGAAGACUCACGACGCUGUGACUUCCUCGGCUGGCUUGUCGGCCCCUCGAUUGGCGGUGGCCUCUUCUCGCUCACCCACCCCAAGCUCGCCCGCGGCAACCCUCCCCCUAUUGAGACCAUGGACCGCGAGUUUUACAGCAGGAUAAAGGCCAAGCGCGCCGACCCCAAGUUCCAGAGCGUCAACAACCCCGCACCGGACUUUUACGGCGAGAAGGUGGGUGUUGGCAGAUGUGGUGGUGGUCUUGUGAGCGUUACUGACGGAUGUGCUUCUUCUCUCCUCCACCUCCAUUUAUCCUAUCCCUUUUGCGACGUUGCGGCGUCAUUUGACCACUCAACUCGCCUCGUGGACAAUGUCGGCGCCGGUACCUCCGUUCCCUGUCGUUUCCGUCCCGUGGCUCCGUUCUCCGUCCAACAAAAUCACUUGCUUUUUGAUUUGCAGAUUGUGAGCGUGGAGAGCUACCGCAGGUGGUUGAAGGACCAGAAGGCAUAUGAGCGCAAGGCGUCGCACGGUGUCGAGGAGGACAUGUAG